UCUCUCGGAAACACUCACUCAGAUGAGCCUCCUUACUCCAUCUCACUCUCGGAACGCUUCAACGUCGACGACAUUCGUUCCCGACGAACUUAUUACAGAGAUGUUACCAUAUCUUACCGUAAAGGCACUUAUCCGAUUCAGAUGUGUCUGUAAGUCAUGGAAUUCCUUCAUCUCCGAUCCCACCUUCGUCAAAUUACACCUUCAUCGAUCUUCACAAAAAGCCAACUUCACGCUGGUAUCCUUUAACGGCAGCGUUGUUUCCUUCACAUCUCUUCGUAUGUUCGAGAAUCCUCCAAUCGUUUCCACACUUCCAACCUAUCAAUUGAGAGACGAAGAGUUAGUUGGUUCAUGCAAUGGUUUGCUAUGUUUGGUAGGCCGUUCUUACGUCGAUGGGAACACUGAGAUGUGGUUCCGAUUUUGGAACCCGGCCACCAGAAUAAUAUCGCAAAGGUUAGGUUUACUUCAUAAUAACAAUGUAGUUUUCUCUUUUCAUUUCACUUUCGGUUAUUGUAAAUCAACCAACACAUAUAAGGUGGUGGCGUUAACGAGAACAAAUGUUAGGGUUUUCACUUUGCAAGAUAAUACUUGGAGAGAUAUUCCAAAUUGUUAUGUGACUUGUUCUAGCUCUGCUGUGUAUAUGAGUGGCAGUGUUUUUUGGUUGGAAAUAACCAAUAUCUAUGUUACGGAUUAUGAAUAUGAUUACAAGAUUAUUACUCCUAAGCAAAUUGCAAUUAUUUCAAUUGAUUUGGAUUCGGAGAUUCUUUACGGGCACCAUCCUCCAGAGGAUUUCAAUGAAGUGCCAUUUGUUGCGCCGAAUUUAAGUGUGUUAGAAGAUUGUCUUUGUUUAUCCCAUGAUUCCAAACGAACUCAUUUUGUUAUAUGGCAAAUGAAGGAAUGUGGAGUGGACGAUUGUUGGACUCAAUUUCUUAAAAUUAGUUAUCAUAAUCUUCAACUUCAACUAAAUUAUCGAUUUUCUGUAGAGGACUUUCGUUUGUUGCCACUAUGUCUUUCGGAGAAGAAUGAUACUGUAUUAUUGACAAACGUAGUUACUAGGCGAGCAAUUCUCUAUAACCGGAGAGAUAAGAGAGUAGAGAAUUUCUCUAUACCUUGGUGGUGUGAGAAUUAUGUUGAAAGUUUGGUUUCCUGUUGAUGUUUAAGUAUUUGUUUCCUUAAAUUCAGAUUUUCAUCGAGGUUGAGAUUCUUGGU